GGGCCACGUGAUCGCGCGUGCACGUGUUCCGGCCGCCGGGGCGCUCGGGGCCGGAACCUCCUAGCCGCCGGCCGCCGGCCUCCGCCCACCCAGAGCGACGCAGGAGGGCCAGGUCCGGGUGGGCCACCCCGCGGGCCCGCCAUGAACCCCCGGGGCCUGUUCCAGGACUUCAACCCCAGCAAGUUCCUCAUCUACGCCUGCCUGCUGCUCUUCUCCGUGCUGCUGCCGCUCCGCCUGGACGGCGUCCUCCAGUGGAGCUGCUGGGCCGUGUUCGCGCCCAUCUGGCUGUGGAAGCUGCUGGUCCUCGUGGGCGCCUCGGUGGGUGCGGGGGUGUGGGCCCGCAACCCUCGCUACCGCCACGAGGGGGAGGCCUGCGUGGAGUUCAAGGCCAUGCUGAUCGCCGUGGGCAUCCACCUGCUACUGCUCAUGUUCGAGGUGCUGGUGUGCGACCGCGUAGAGCGGGGGAGCCACUUCUGGCUGUUGGUCUUCAUGCCGCUCUUCUUCGUGUCGCCGGUGUCGGUGGCCGCCUGCGUCUGGGGCUUCCGACACGACCGCUCGCUGGAGCUGGAGCUGCUGUGCUCCGUCAACAUCCUGCAGUUCAUCUUCAUCGCCCUGCGGCUGGACCGCAUCAUCCACUGGCCAUGGCUGGUGGUGUUCGUGCCGCUGUGGAUCCUCAUGUCGUUCCUGUGCCUCGUGGUCCUCUACUACAUCGUCUGGUCCCUGCUGUUCCUGCGCUCCCUGGACGUGGUGGCCGAGCAGCGGCGCACCCACGUGACCAUGGCGGUCAGCUGGAUGACCAUCGUGGUGCCCCUGCUCACCUUCGAGGUGCUGCUGGUGCACCGGCUGGACGGCCACAACACCUUCUCCUACGUCUCCAUCUUCAUCCCCCUCUGGCUCUCGCUGACCACCCUGAUGGCCACCACAUUCAGGCGCAAGGGGGGAAACCACUGGUGGUUUGGCAUUCGCAGAGACUUCUGCCAGUUCCUGCUGGAGAUCUUCCCGUGCCUGCGGGAGUAUGGGAACAUUUCCUACGAUUUGCAUCACGAAGACAGCGAAGACGCCGAAGACGCGUCUGUUCCAGAUGCCCCUAAAAUCGCCCCCAUGUUUGGAAAGAAGGCCAGGGUGGUGAUAACGCAGAGCCCUGGCAAGUAUGUGCCCCCGCCUCCCAAGUUGAACAUCGACAUGCCGGAUUAAGCUCCUCUUCCCUCUGAGUGGAAUAGAGACCGUCUACGUGACAGCACACGAGACCUCUCACCUAAUGUUUGGCCUUCCUUCUUCAUUCAUCCAUCCCAAACCUGGAAACCAAAAGCAUUGUCGUUUCAUGCCUUGUUUGAGAUCGAAGCCUGUCAGCGACCAUCCAGUGUGCAUCACGAUGUAGGAGAAAGGCUGCUCUCUAGCGGGUCCGUGUGUGCAUGUGUGAGCUAACUUGCUUUUCAGGCUGGUGCCUGGAGAACUAGCCCAGGAGCAGCAAGUGGAAUUGUUACAGUAUCUCUCAGAUGGAAUCACUACACUGCUGGGUCCUCUCUCCCCUUCUCUCUCUCUCUCUCUCUCUCUUUUUAUGGUAUGCUACCUGUCGAUAGUCUUGUUUUAAAAGGUAUUUUUCUAUAUUGUUAGUCUAAAGUUCUAUUUCAGAUUGUGCCCAUAGAUGUAAGAAUUUCUCCCACCACUCGGUCAUAAGCCCCGCAAUUGUUAUUUUUAAUGUUCCUAAUGUUAAAAUAUUUUCCCCUUGAACUUCGCUGAUACUGGCCUUGAGUAUUUCUGAUGGGUGAGUUUUUUCUAAUUCAUUGAAUGUAUGCAUAUGUGUAUUUAUAUGAUUAUUUUAGCAGUGUAACAUUGUGUUGGAUUCUAGUUCUCUGCAGUAUAGUGUACUAUGUUAGAGUAUUUUUUAAAGUUUUUAUGUGAAGAUUUGUGCCUGUUGCAGAUGUCCUUAGAGGUCACUUAAGACAUUAACAUGUACCCUAUACAGGGUCUCUUCAUCAUUUGUGGUCUGGCUGUCGAGGUUAAAAAUCCCAUAGAUCUUAGUGCUCCAGUGUUAAGUGACUCGGUUUUGUAGUUUUAAGGCUUCUGAGUGUGGAGAGAGGAGCGUCCACCGUGGAGGCAGGCAGCAUGCUCUGGUGUGACAGUGGCAGGCCAGGAUACUGUUACAGAACCUCGUCUCCAGCAGCAACCAAAAUAAGCAAGAAACAGGUGCUUUACCCACUUCUGAGACUCAGACUAUUAGUGACUGAGUCAUCAUGGAGGCUUCACUUGUCACUGGGAAGCUGGAGAGAAGUGAGCAGUCAGGCCAAGUACAGUUUUCAAAGUUCAGACUUUUGGCAGCAAAGAAAAAUCACAAUUCCGGUGACUUUUUUUUUUUUUUAAAGACAAAUGUGAUUCCUUGGUAGGUACUGGUGCUGCACCAGGGAAUCAGAAAGGCAGAAAACAGAUCCUGGGAGACUAAUGUUCUUCUGACUCAGAACCAGCAAGCACUUUCAAAAGGAGGUUAAAAUAAAAGAGAAGUAUUCAUACUUAUCAGCAGAGUGAAAACUGGGCCUCCAUCCAUUUUCAUUAUUAACGACCUUACAAAAAUCACCUAAAUUGGGGUCAAUAUGAAUUCAGUAUAUCAUUGACCUGUUGUUGAGGGUGUGCUCGCAACAGAAGCCAGCCCUGCGGAGCUGCAUGCUAAAAGUCUUCGGGUAUCACAGCUCAGUUUAGACUGCUAGUUCUCUCUCACAGUCCCUGUCUCUGUCUGUCUUGCUCUGCCCUCCACGCCCACCACCACCACCACACACACACACACAGACAUCAGUUUGUACCAUGUCAGAAUGUGGGGAGCAGCCCUACUCAUCAGUGGAUGUAACAUUUUAUAAGCAUUUCUCAACAGCUGUUUAUUGAGAACCUAGUCUGAGCCAAACAUGGUUCCCGGCGUGGUGAUACAGCAGAGUGUGGCCUCUCCCUGCACACACAAAGCAGUUAGAAGUGGCAGUAGGGAGGCAUCCAGCACCGCAGCUGCCUGAGGGAGGGAGGGGGCGAGCCAGAAGCAGGGGCUGACAGCCAAGGGAGGAUGCCGGUGGCCACCGUGCUGUUCACCUGAAACAUCAGGCCCACCAUUUUCAGGAAACUAUUGCCCUUGAGCCCCCCCCCCCCCCCCCCCCCCGCACGCAUGCACACGUGCGCGCGCGCGCACACACACACACACACACACACACACACACACCCUGGAAUAGUUCCAGUAAAAUCUAGGAGGUGUGGGAGCAGCCUGCCAGAGGAGGUGAGGGGCAGGUGGAGGAGCAAUGGUGGAACCACCAGCUGCUCUGAGCAACAGUUUGCGGCUGGAGGCUUAACGAGAUCUUGGUACAAACUCCCCUUGGUCGGCCCCUCCACACACCCUCCCCCAAGCCAUCUUACCUCCUCCCCGCAAGACAUCCUUCCGUCCUACCGUUGCAGAGUCCAUCAGACUCCUUCCCUGUUUCUAGAGCAUUAGGAAAUAGCAGAAGUGGCACUUUAUAAGAGUUUAGGCUAAUAAAAAAGGUGUUACACUCUCA